CACUCACAGAUUACUACUAGUUGGGUCUCAGGUUGACCCUUUCGUCUUUGCAGAUUUAUAACCUCCUCUCAGGUGUGACACACAGUCAGGGGCAGAAGAGGAAGACCUUUCAGCAUGUCUGUAGGGUUAGAGUUGAUAGGCAUCUGCCUUUGUAUUUUGGGAUGGAUUAUUGCCAUUUUGGCGUGCGCCCUUCCCAUGUGGAGGGUGACGGCCUUCAUCGGCAGCAACAUUGUGACCGCUCAGAUCAUCUGGGAGGGCCUGUGGAUGACCUGCGUGGUCCAGAGCACGGGCCAGAUGCAGUGUAAGGUCUACGACUCCAUGCUCGCCCUCUCCCAGGACCUCCAGGCCGCCCGCGCCCUCACCGUCAUCUCCAUCCUGCUCGCCAUCCUCGCGGUGCUCAUCGCCAUCGCCGGGGCCAAGUGCACCAACUGCAUUGACGACGAGGCGUCCAAGUCCAAGGUGAUGAUCAUCUCCGGGGUGUUCUUCAUCGUUGCCGGAGUCAUGCAGCUCAUCCCUGUCUCCUGGUCGGCCAACACAAUAAUCAGGGACUUCUACAACCCGUUGCUUACCGAUGCUCAGCGGAGGGAGCUGGGGGCCGCGCUGUACAUCGGCUGGGCGGCGGCUGCCCUCCUGAUUCUUGGCGGCGGACUGCUCUGCUGCUCCUGCCCGCCGCGCGAGACCAGGUACAAUCCUUCGCGAAUGGCCUACUCUGCCUCACGGUCUGCAGGUGGCCCAGGGUUGGAAAGGAAAGACUACGUAUGAAAGAUGAUCGAAGAGAAAAAUAACUUGAGUCGCGAACCAGCUCUCCAAACUCAACUGAGGGUGUACUGAGGAAACGAGCUGAAGGGAACAAGGAGACUCCGUAAGGAUAUAUGUGUUUGAUUUCGUCUCUCUGACCGGCUUUGUUUUUUCAGAGACCAAAAAUCCCUAAAAGGACAUUAGAGUAAAUCUCCUUUAAUCAUGUUUCAAAACAAAUAAAAUAAUGUUCUGUCUUUUUUCAGAUCAACACGCUAAAUCUUAAUGUCACAAUCAAGACCAAAUCAUAUAUACUUUCUAUACAGUCAUGGCGCCUUAAUGUUUACCACUGAAAAGCCAGUUCUGUUUAGAUAACGGAGGACUUCUUAAAUGGUACAAAUAAGCCAUCAAAGGUAUUGGGUGUGUGUAAAUACUGCAGGAUGCGUGUCAUUAUUCACCUGAAACUGUCAAGGCAAGUGACUGUAUUCAAUGCAGUUCUUGGUAUAUUGUGGGGGAGAGGACUUUAAGUGUCUUACAAUGGGGACGGAGAGCAAAACCAGUAACGACCUUUGUGUGCGAUGAACAACUGCAAUAAAUGUAUACGACAAGUUUUUGUUUUUUAAUAAACAUGACCCACUUUUUUUAAACUAUG